AUGGCUGCUGUUUUGGGCCAGUUUAUGGAAUUCCAUCCAAUUCAUGGCACAAAUGUGAGACUUGAUUAUUCUGGAACCCAAGCCACACGUGUUGAAAGCUUUGCAAAUGGUAUUUGCUUCAGCAAACACCCUUUAGGGCCCGGUGAAAUUUUUCUCAUUGAAAUUGAGGAGAAGGAACUUGGCUGGUGUGGCCACCUCAGAGUUGGACUUACUGCACAUGAUCCUCGAACUUUUGAAACAGUACCAGAAUACUCCUUGCCCGACUUAGUGGACCAAGGAGACAGUUGGGUGUUUGCAAUUACUCGGAAUCACAAUAAAAUUAUUGAGGAUGGAGAGCCAGAGGAAGAGAGGAGGACAGAAGAGGAUAAUGGUAGAAAUGAGGAAGCCAGCAAGCCUAAAACAUUCUUCACCGACUCGCACUUGCACAUCGAGAGUGUGUGCAUCCCCAGAGACAAGCUUGUGGGACGCAGCCGUCCUGGAAGGUUCAGUCACAUCUUAGAUGACCUGUACAAAACCAAUGCCCUGCCUCCUACCGCUCGUCGCAGUCGUAUUGGGGUGCUGUAUGUGCCAAAAGGACAAGGCUUUGCUGACAUGCACAUUGUCAUCAAUGGAGAAGACAUGGGCGCCUCUGCCAAAAGGAUUCCUACCGAUCGGCCCCUCUAUGCUGUAGUAGAUGUAUUUGCCGCUACCAAAUGUGUUCGUAUUGUCCAGGUGGAAUACGGCUUUGCCUCACUGCAGACUCUCUGUCGGAAAACAAUUCAGAAGCACAUUGUUCACAGAAUGGCUUUGGACUGGCUGGAGCUUCCGGAGUUACUCAAACAUUAUUGCAAGUACGAGUGA